AUGGAAAUCUGUCUCAUCUCUCUUCCUUUUGGCCAUGUGUUCAGUGUUGGAAGCCUUGGGAAAAAAGGAACUUGUCAAACAGUGGAGCAUGUUCAUGUAAGCAACUGCAACUUCAAGGGAGCAGAUAAUGGAAUGAGGAUAAAGACAUGGCCGGGUGGAUGCGGGUAUGCAAGAAAUAUCAAGUUCGAGCAUAUCGUACUUACAAAUACCAAAAAUCCUAUAAUUAUUGACCAGGAUUAUGAAAAUGUACAGAAUGAAGACAAAAAACAGACAUCUGAAGUUCAAAUAAGUGGCGUGACGUAUCGUUAUGUCAAUGGAACUUGUAAUAGUGAGACAGCCAUUAUUUUGAAUUGUGGCGCGGGUGCAGGGUGCACUGAUAUCUUCAUGGAUCUAGUCAACAUAACCUCAACUUCAUCAGGAUCAAACGUUCUUGCAUCCUGCAACAAUGCUCAUGGAGUUGCUGCUUCUACUUCACCUCCUGUGUCUUGCUUGUCACUGUAACCUACCUCGGUUGUUUUCGUAGCUGCAUCGCCCAUUUCGGUUUCUAAAAUGGCCCGCAAUUUCUUUUUCUUUAGUAAUCAUCUAGGAGAUUAUGUUGCUUUUAUUUCAUCAAGAAUGUACAAUAUAGAAACUCAAGACUACAAAAAAAAAUAGAAUGUUUUUCUGAGUUACUAAUGUUAACAAGCACUCAACAUGUCUUG